AUGGGCAAUAACGAUAAUAAAUCUGUUCAACCUGAUAAAAAAAGGUCAAUUGGUCUUAUUCCUAAGUCGAUCAAAAUGAUAAACAAAUCAUGCGUCUUCGGUAAUGUGACCACUACAGAAGAUAUUAUUUCUCGCUGCAUUAAUGAAAAAUAUAAAGAGGAAAAUUAUUGUCAAGAUCCUUUGAAAAUGAACUCUGUUCCAUGUUACAAAUCAGAAGAUUUACAAAAACCAAGCUUUUCUACUGCAAAAUUAGCAAGACGUCUCUGUGAAGUGGGAUACGAUAAUAACCUACCAUGUUUCAGAUCUCAACAUCCUUCAACAGAUUUUGAUGCUAUUUGCGAUUUCUUUGAAUAUGCCAUCUUAUUAAAAAAAUAUAAUGCCAAGUUAUUAAGACAUGAAACUUUGGAUAUUAAUGCUGAGAUUUACGGU